GUUGUCAACAAAGCUUUCACUGGAGAGGGUUAGUCAUUUUGACAGGGUUAGCAUGGUAGACAGGUGUCGGACCUUGGUCAUACUGUCAUGAAAGACAAAUUAAAGUCUGUGCUUACAUGACGAUACCUUAUAAAAUAAUAUCUCGUUCGCUGGUUAUUGGUAAGAUAAUUCUCUGGGAAUUGAAAGAAAAGUAAUGGAAAUCACAAGUAAGCAUGGAAGAUAAAAAGAAGAAAUGUCGUAAGAAGACAACAGCAGUCGUAGAGUAUAGCUAUGAUGUACAGGACGACCUGCUUGGCAGGGUAAAUAUCCAAGAUGUCGCAAAGUCGUCAGGCACAAAGCUGAGUGUCAGCAGGUCACGUGAGGCAGGUUUCACGACUUUUGUGAUCCGAGGCACUCGAUGUCAAAUCCGUGAAGCUCUUCGACAGAUUACUGUUCAGACAGGCCAAUGGGUGAAUAUACUCGAAGAAACACACAGAUACUGGGUUAGCUGGGUUGAGCAAGCAUUUCCCGACUUUGAAAAUAAAACUUAUUUCAUUCCUCCUGUCUACAUCAGGCGUGUGCCAACAAUCAAGAAAAUUGUCUCAGGUGUGAGUGUUGUCGUACUGCCUCAGACUGACACACCUGGUUUACAGAAGAGUGACAUUAUCGACGAUGAUGCUUUACAGCGUGUGCUCUACAGUCUCAGGAAAUUCUCGAAGGUGCACAAUGAAGUGUUUGUAUGUCUCAGUCAGUUUGCCUUUGGCUCAUAUCUUGGUGAACCGUCCUUUGCACCCGCAGUUGCUCAUCUUCCGUUACCUAGCAACCUGCCCAAAGCAUUACCAUGGAGCUGGAGACGAGGUGACUUUGAUGUCCUGAUCAUUCACAAAAACUACGGCUUCGUCAUAAUCGAGGUAAAGGCUGUUAAAUACAAGAAACAAUCACUCGAAGAUGGAAGAGAUCCUCAUGCGAACUCGUCAUUAGCAGGUGAAAGAGAUGAGAACACGGACACGCCAUCAGAAGAUGUAAGAGAGCAAGUAAUACAAAAGCUGAAAGCAGCAGCAGAGCAGUUAAAUAAAGGAGAAGCCAUGUUGUCUCACCUGGUACAAGACAUCGCUCCUCAAGUGAACAUCACAAAGAUUAUCGCUUGUCCAAACCUCACGACUCAUGAAAUACAAAGUGUUUUUUCUCACAGCAACAGUUUAGAGCAGGAGCUGUGCCAAUGUUUUCAUGUGAGCAAUCCCAUCGGCAUCGCUUCAAGUAUUCUGUGUUCUGAUCAUCUUUGCUCUCCUAAAUCGUUCCUACGGCUCGGAGAUAGAGCACUUGACCCGUUAAGGCAAUGGUGGCAGGAACACGUGGCUCAGCCAGGUCAUGACGAGACUUCAUGCAACCCUCCUGACUGGUACCAAAACCUUAUAGCCAGGUUCUGUGGCCCAGCCUCUACAGUGACCGUGCCGAGCAUAAACGAACCUCGUGUGUCCAUCAAGACGCUGGACAAGGCGGUGGCGUACGUGGGAGACUGUUACGCUGCUCACAUUAUGUUGUUCCCCGAGCAACUUGAGCUGCUGAUCCGAGCGCCACCUAGGGUUUUCCUCUGCGGUCCUCCUGGUACGGGGAAGACAAUACUGCUUUUUCUUAUGGCCUUAGAGUGGUUACGACAGGGCAACCUGGUCUUUGUACUGAGUACGUGGGACCGCAGUAUUGCGGCGUCGCUGAUGUUAGUCCACUUGCUGCAAGAGAAACUUAAAGAGCAGCUACAGGACGUGGACACACCUGGACGUGUUCAAUACCUGUAUAGCAACUUCAGACAGAAGAACGAGGUGGAGACAGCCUUGGAUGUGCUUAAACAGGAGGCAAGAAAGGGGCCACUGUUCAUCGUCGCUGAUGAAGUGGGGCCUGAUUAUUUCUCUCAGUACUACGUCUUUCCAGAGUUCUGUUCCAAACUGUUGGAACAUUUUACUAAAAAAGUCGACGGUCUUCAUCUAUGGGCUGCAAGUUGUCACCGUAUCAUGGUGCCAGAGGAGCCAGAAAACUGGCAAUCAUCUGGUUGGGAAAGAAAAUAUUUAACGAGAUCCCUUCGAUCACCACCAUAUGUUACUGAAGAAAUCAGUCAGGCCGUGGAGAUAAAAAAGGACGAAACUGUUUGGGAUUACACUGAACGGGAUUCGCCCGAUCAGACAGAAGGUCCACCGGUACACUGGAUACAUCAUGAUAGUCAGCAGCAUCGGAUCACAAGAGCUGAAGACUGUGAGGUCUGUGGAAAAGCUGUAGCCCGGUUCCUGCUGAAGGAUCUUCAUUUAAGGGAUACAUCUACACCACCAAAAACAGAGUCUGCCGCCCCGACUCCUGCAAGCCUGCAGUACAGGGACGUGUUGCUGUUGUCGUGGAAUGAACUUCGUGAAAAUGCCGCCAUACUGAGGGCGAUGACAGCGGCUGACAUCCCAGUGAAGGUGAUGAGGGACUCAGACAUCGGUGACGUGGCAACUGCCCGCAGUGACGUCGUGUGGGCCGCCAGACAGCUGCUGGUGCGUGGUUUGGAGAGGAAGGUUGUCGUUUGUAUCCACAACUACGACGACAGCAAGGGACAGUACGUCUCUACAAGACUGAGCGCCAUGUCCAGGUGUACGUCACAGCUGGUGGUCGUGUGCCUUCCACCUGAAAAUGAUUCAGACGAAAAUUUGACUAAAAAAGGAUGCUAAGCACCCAUCAUUGUCUUUCACAAACAGGCCUUGUGUAACGACUACUUUUACUUCAUACUACUGACUACUACACACCUGCCUUGUCUAAACUUUUCUAAGGUUAAAGUCAACAUUGUGGCUGUAUUAUUUACUUGUGACACUGUCUCAACGUGAGUCUCAACUACUUCGCGCCUGUGUGUGUUUUGAAAAAUCCUUAUAUGUGGUCAAUCAAAUUUCUUUUUAUAAAGUAGCGGUAAAUCAAAGUAUGUGAUUUACAACAGUAUAAACAGGGUAUUAUAAAAUACAAAAUGUAAUUCAGAAUCAAAGAUGUAAUACGAAACCAAAGUAAAUUUGAAACCAUAUUGAUGAUAAAAUAAUAAAUUAAUAAAGGAGUGAAAGAGUAAAUGAAAGAUUUAUAAAAAAGAAAUAAAUAGUGUGUGUGUGUGUGGUUUUUUUUUUUCUAGCGCGCUUUCGUGUACCAUUUGGUAUUUGUGACCUACUGCCGUCAUAAUAUAUCCUUCAUGGGUAAUAUAUAAAUGUCAGCUACAACGAAAACAUCCUUUGUCUCCAAUAUUUCGAACUUUAAGAUUUGUAAACAAAAUGAAUAUACAUGCUAUAUAAAGAAAGAGACGAUGUUUUUAGCAUUUAAAAAUGUUUUCACUUCUGUGUAAACAAAAAAAAAACAAUUCAAGCAUUUCGUUCAGCCUGCAGUGAGUUGGAGCUUCUUUUCUUUGUGGGAAACAUCCAUUGGGGCUUAAUACACAACAGCCCGAGAUUUUGACGAAUUAUAAAUCUUAGCUGGUUUUUGUUUGCAAAUAAACCUUAUGAAAUAA